CAGACCCAGGAACAGGAAUAUACUGGCCAUAUAUCCUCCUGAGGCAGUGCCACGACGCGGACACACGGCGCGCCACCCGGCCGGCAGGGCUGCCUCCGCUCCGAUAAUCAGCAUCCUAUGCUCUUCUGCUCAAGAUGGCGGUGCAGGCAGCGGAAAAGGACGGAAUAGUGUUGAAGAACGUGGAGGAUGACCCUCUGAACGACUCGCUGGGGAACCCCGGCCUCAUCUCACCUGACAAGGAGGAUUUAUCACGGCUGCUGACGGUGCCGUUCAGCGGACGCAUCCGAGGCGGCAUGCGUCCAGGGAAGAAGAUCAUAGUGAUGGGCAUUGUCGACCUGGAGCCAGACAGCUUUGACGUCAGCCUGACCUGCGGCCGCGACUCGGAGAAGGAGGAGCCUCCGUACGACGUGGCCCUGAAACUCACCGCUCGCUUCAGUGACCGCCAGUUCCUGCGUAAUGCCCGUGUGUCUGGGAAAUGGACGGAGGAGGAGGCGUCCACCGCCUACUUCCCCUUCAUCCCAGAUCAGCCUUUUAGGAUCGAGAUCCACUGCGAGCACCAGCGGUUCCGGAUAUUCGUGGACGGACACCAGCUCUUUGACUUUUAUCACAAAGUGAAAUCGUUGCCCUCGAUCGACACAGUACGGAUACAAGGAGACCUACAGAUCACUAAGCUGGGUUAACCUCCGCCUCUUUCUGCUUUCCCAGUUGUGUGUGUGUUUGUGUGUGUGUGUGUGUGUGUGAGUGUGUGGAGGAAGGACUUGAUCUCAAAUGACCACACACACACACACACGCACACACACGUCUGUUACAUCACCUUGCAACAACACUGCAGCAGCAUAGGAAGAGGGGAGGGAGGCACCGGCAGCGAGUUAGACCCCCCUCUGCUUCGUUUCUUUCUGUUAAUCCAGGAUCUGAUACCGUACAUGUGUGGAUGAAUGUGUUUGCUCCAUUUUCAGGUAUUUUUCCUCGUAGCCCCAGUUUUGUCAGACCAGGGAUCUCACAGCUUAUUAAUAGUGCAUUCAUUCUUCAUGUUGGAUCCUCUGAGGUGCAGGCAGGCAUGUGGUACUGUUGCUAACAACAACUCGACGCUCUAGAAAUCAGCUACUCAGGAAAACUAUCCAGAACUCAGCAGACGGUCGGAAUAUAAACCACACAUGAGGUGGAAUUGCUGGUCUGAUCCCUAAUUUAAACUAACUGUAUAGAAGGAGCUCUCGCUUUUCAAGAAUGGAUAUGUUAAAAUAACCAGGAAUUUAACUAACUGCUAAUUGAGGAGUGAGACGCUGCAGUGAAACGUGAUCAUUGGUUCAAUCAGUGCCGAUCUGGUACCUCUCUUUAAAUCAGAUUAGAUUUUUUUUUUUUUUAUCAGCAUUCAGAUUUGGCCUUCCACUGGACUUAUUUAUCUUAAUAAAUAAAAUUAAACACAAUCGAACAGUAUUACACAAUGUUUUCUCUCCCCUUGACCUCCCUUGGGGUUUACUGGGUCGUCAUGGAAACACGCUGCCGCCUUACCGACCUAAAUACCCAAAACUGAGGAUUAUAUCGUUACGCGCUGGUGGAGUUCCAUGUUUUGUGCACUGCGUUUGUUGGUAGUUUGCACUCAUUUACUGAUCACUGCAGCCUGUUGGUAGAAAGUAGGACUGUUUACUCCAGAGUAGAGGAAUUCCACUGAAAUGAGCUUGAAACAUUGUACUCUGCUCUCGGCUGUUGCACAUUGGUCUCACGAAAGUCUUACCAGAAUCACACUAACACAAUAUGCAAGCUGUAGUUUCAUGGAAAAAAAAAAAGGAAAUGACUAAAAUCCAAACCUUCAGAGUUACAUUUGACAGUGAGCUCAAAGGGGGGGAUCAGAUCUCGGAGGUAUUCUGAAUGUAAAGUGUUCAUGUUUCUAAUAUAAGUAGCAUAGAUACAGAGGUAUUUCCUAAUGUCACAGGGUUUUUUUUUUUUUUGUUUGUUUUGUUUUUUUUGGUGCUGUUAUAGUCUUAUAGUCUUUUAAUGUUUCAUGUUUAAUUUUUUUAUAACGUUUCUUGAAUCAUUCCACCUCCUGUCUAAACAUGAUAAAGCAGCUACGUCCUUGUUCGUUGCAGACAGCGGCAGGUCUGCUGAGCGUCGUCGUGCACUGCGUCACGCGGGUUUUGUCUUUAAUCAUUCCACUAUUUGCCAGACGUGCUCUCUUGAAGUAGUAAACACACGCCGUGAGGAGAGGCUGUCCUCAAAGAUACACCCACAGUAGCAGUGUUAUGCCUUUGUUUACAUCUCCGCACAGUAUCACCCUCCUCUGUGCAAGGAUUUAGUCGCACAAGAGAACUACUUACAAAUUACUGAUCGAUUUCGUGGCUUUUCGGAUUAUAAGUAACGAAAAAAAUCAUCUUUAAUGUGAGGUUUUUUUUCCCCCCAAAUGUUUGCAGGUUUUAUAAGCUUAGAUCUUAAUGUGGUUCCCAUUAAUGACUUAAAUAAAAUAAUAUGAUUUGUAAGUUAUUUAUUCACUAUUGUAUUAAAACAACAAUAAACCAUUUGCAAAGAAACAAAAUGAAGGACUGAUUAUUGCGAGUACUAUUUAGAUUAGGGGUGUCAAACUGGUUUUACUUCAGGAGCCAAACACAGCCCAGUUUAGUAGACCUGCAAAGUGAUGGCAUAGUAACUCAUAUAAGAACUCCUACUGUUAUGUUUUGGUGAAAAAAGGGAGUGUUACCUUGUCAUUAUUGUUCAAAAUCUGAACAAGUUGAAUUUUAUUAAGACAAAUUGUAACAAACAGAGGAGAAUGCACAAAAAAACUCUGCCACAUACAUAAUGCUACGUGUACUUUCUUCUGGAAUAUUAUAGCACCCAGCAGUGCAUUGAAUGCUGCUCCAUCUGAAAUCCUGUCUGCUGCAAUGCUUCUCUUCUCAGGGUGCAUGAUGUCUGCAGCUUUUUAGCUUUCAUGCUCUCGCGAGUUCUCACGGUGUGACCGAUGCUAAUACUGAGUCACUAGCAAUAAAGGUCGCUGGCUUUCACCGCUGCGGCACUGAUCUCUCAGCUCAGGCCUCAGCUACUCUUCUAUAACAGCGUGACGAGAUAAGAAAUGAGAACAGCAACGUUUAAAGUUGUCGUUUUCCUUGUAACUGGUACAGGUCAAAAUGAUCUCCGUUUUGGGCUGCGGGCCUCAUGUUUGACACCCCUGAUUUAGAUGCUCGUUGAGGAAAAGGACCAGAAGCAAAAGCUGCACAAAACCCCCAAAAGUCUGAUAUUUUAUUCCUCCAUCACCUUUUUCUGCUGUGGAUCUGGAGAAAGCCUUGCCGGCCGUGCGGAGCAGACCGUGUGUGGAAUCGAUCCCCGCCACUGCUCACGUUACUGCAGCGUCUUCUAAUGAAGCCUCCUUGUUUAGCAUCUCAUUACCUGUCUGCAGCACUGCGACUGCUUUCUAGACACAGACACAUGAGUUCCUCUCUCAUAGCAAUAACAUCUCUACUCUGGAGUGGCGGUUUUUUUUUCUCUCUCUCUCUCUCUCUGCUCAAGCAGGGUCUUCCUGAUUUAACUCAAACACAAACAGGAAGUGAGCGCCGUUUGGUAUGUGAGGGUACGAAGAUGAGGACACAAGCCAGAGCUACACGCCAGUGUUCCAGUGUUACACUCACAACAGUACAAGUGUAUACAAAUCUUGUGUAAUUGUGUUGAAAGGGAUGUUUGUGGAUGCUGUUUUUUUUUUUUUUUUUUUAUUGAUUAACAUCCUACUACCUGGUCACCAUUUGUAAUGCAACAGUCUCAUGUAAAAACGUGAAUAUACUCAGUUUUCCGGUAUGUUUCAAGUGAUGUGCAGUGGACGUGUGUGGAAGUGGAACGGUGGUUCGUGUUUUUGGGGUCGCUGGCUGUCGGGCAGCCGACAGCAGCAGGAGGAGUUAUGGGGGAGGGAAACCAACAAUUCAAGACUUUCUGGAUUUUAAAGGGCUUGACCCGGUGUUACGUAGAGUUCUGCACAACUGCUGAAGAUAACACCCCUCUUCAAGGAGCAUGUGCAGUUUAAUGUGCUCAAAUUUAACAAUGAUUUAUUCUGAUAACCCUCGAUGUGUGCACCAAUUUCACUCAAUUCUGCUCAAUAGAAUUGAUAGAAUAACACCCGUAACUCCAAAUAUUUGAAUCCCCCUCAAUGAUAUUAAGCUACACACACAUUUCUUUGGGUUUGCUUGAGUCAAACUGAAAGUCCUGGUUAUUUUCAGAAGUCUUCCAUUACACACACUUACCCGAGAGGGAGGCAUUCCUCUGCAGUUGUGCGGAACUUGUAACAACAGCAGUCGCUUUGUGUGUGUCUGUGCGUCAGUGUGCGUCUGCACAGGUGAAAUCAGCUGUUUUGGGGGAUCUUUAGUGGGUUUUCCAGCUGUGUUUGUUCGAGCAUGCUGUGAUUUCCCAUCGGGGUUCGUCAUGCGGCUGGAUGUGCUGCAGGUAAAUAAAGCCUGCAGGGUACGUCAACCUCACUAUGUGGUACUGUUGCACUUUAAAACAGUGUUAGUCACUUCCAAUGGCUUAAUGUCACAUUUUCACAAAAAAAACAAAAAAAGGAAAGUUACUUUUGUGUGGGAAACAGCUGACAUUUUGUUCCGUCUUGAAUUAUGAGGAUAAAUCCAGCAGUUCCUGAUAUCCUGAUGAUCCCAUUUCUUUCUGAAGAAGAACAAUCGUGGUGAAUCUUAAUAUCACCGUUACAUUGUUCUACAUCCCUUUAAAAACAGAACUGAAAAAGUGAAUGUCUUUCUCUUUCCUGAUUGUAAUCUGAGUAUCAAUGCUGUUCCUAUUUGCCCCGCUAUAAAGGAUCCACCUGUUCAGUUGUGAAAUGUGGUUUUCACACCUUUCCUACCUUGAGUUAAAAGCCCGAUUUAAAGAGAAAUGGUUUAUUUGAUCCUGGGGAACACCAGCUUAUGGACUUUGGAUGUAUAUAUUUUGAGCAUGGCCUGAGGGUGAGGCCUUUGUUUUUUACUGGAUGGAUCACAAGUUGCAAACUGAAGAAAGCAUUUUUUUGUGCAUAAAAGCGAGUACCUGGCGUCUUCGUAAUAACAAAUUGAAGUAAUACUUGGGGUUUUUUUUGCCAGUUUUUCCUUUAGUCAAGCAUGGUAUUUGAUUAUUUUCAACCAUUUAUCCAACAUUUUUUUGUCCUUUUUAGAGCCGAGUAUGUAUUAAAAAUGAACCGUAGUGCUGACCUAAACUGGAUUUAUCAACACUGCUGACCUGAGCGUCGACGAUCCGAUGCAUAAUUUAGACUAAGCAUCUAAUUCAUGCUGUUUUCUCCUGAUUUUGAACUCAAAUUUUCGAAGACAAAGUGCUAAAACCCAAGCAGCUGUUGCGCGAAGGGCUCCAUCGCGUCCAUUAAUGAAGUGUCCUCUGAGUAGAAGUAGGCUAUUGUGUCGUGUGGUUGUAAAAUCAUGUUAUCAUUUCUAUUUAUUACAGUGUAACCAGCAGGGUUGUGCGUGGUGAAGACAUAAAUAGUGUGUGUGCUGACAUGCUCAUUUUUGCUGUUUAUAUGAAGGUGUAUUGGAAGGUUCAGUCUUUUUUAUAAUGAUUUUUUUUGGGAUGGGGCACAGGGCUCAAGGAGUAUUAGUUUAAAUUUAUCCUCCAUAAAUGUUUUUCUUUCAACUUUAAAGAAAGAUUAGCCAUCUGUUUCUCGAGUGUUUUCAGAGGUAUAGCAGGUCUGACGGGCAUCACGGUGUUUGGGAAAAUAAAAAAAGCGUUCAGAGUCACAUCUGCAAGCAUCAUGUUGGCUGUUUUUGAUCUGCCUUUUCGCUAAAGAAAAAAAAACACUUCUGUUUCCAACAUGAAGGCACAUUCCUGAAGUGAUCAGAGAUGAUCAGUAUUGCAUCUCCUUAAGGCUAACCUGUAUUUUUAGAUCAAGAGACUACGCUCCGCCAUUGUUCUGGUUUCAAAUGUUUUUUUUUUUGUUUGUUUGUUUUGUUUUUUGUUUUUUUCUUCUUUAUGCUUUUGUAAAAACAGCUACAUUAAAAACCAAUAAACUUCUCAUCUUGGA